AUGCGCUUCCUAGCCUUCGUCUUGCUUGUGUUGGCCGCUCUCUGCGUGGUGGCCAGGGCCAAUGAUUGCAUAAUGUCCAAGUGCCCUCACGAACUCGACGCCUGCAUCAACGACGCCACCUGCGCCGCCUCCCUCGAGUGCUCUGUGGCCUGCGAGGACACCGCCUGCACCCAGCNNAACGUGGAGAGAGGGAGGAGUUCGGCACUGAUGAGGAAAUGGAGGCGGGAGAGGGCCGCGGCGACAGCCGGGGCGGCAACAAGAAGGGCGGCCGUGCGGGCAACACCAAGGCCGACAAAAAGAACCAGCUCAAGAUCAAGCGGGACGAGUUCUCGGGCCUCAACCGGGUGCAGAAGCGGCGCAAGAUGCAGGAGAAGGCCAUCAAGAAGUGGGCCGGCGAGGAGGAGAUGGAGAAGCAGGCCAAGCAGGCCAUCUCCGCGCGCCAGGCCAAGAAGGCCGACCGCGACCGUCGCAGCGGCAAGUUCGUGCCGCCGCCCGAGAACGCCGGCAAGCGCGGCAAGAAGCGCGCGCGAAGCGACGACGGCGGCGCGCCCGCGGGCGGCGGCGGCGGUGGUGGUUCGCGCUUCGAGGCGGACAUGA